CUGCCCUCGGAGCUCCGUGUUGUUGACCCGGUAGUGAACGACCUGUCGGGGUCACCGUCACCGAGCUCCGUUAUGGCGUGGAGGAGCUGCUCCGUGCUGCUUCGACUGACCGGAGAGAAUGUUUUACGGAGCUCCGCGAGGGGCGGCAGCAGGUGUCCUCACAGCUUCCAGCAGCGAUGCGGCUUCAAGAAAGCUGCCAAGAAACCAGAAAUCAAGAAGGUGGAGAAAGAGGUAGCCCCCCCCAAAACAGAGUCCUAUGAGCACAUAGCUCAGCAGCGGACCACCGCCCCCAACUUGGACCAUCCGCCUCACUACGGCCCCCCCCUGUUCUUCAGCCAGCUCAUCAAACCAUUCGUCUUCACCGUGGGGUUUACAGGUUGCUCCUUUGGCUCAGCCGCCAUCUGGCAGUACGAGUCGCUCAAGUCCCGAGUGCAGAGCUACUUCGACGAGAUCCGAUCCGAUUGGCUGGAGAAGCUGAGACCUCGGAAACAAGGGGAUGUCCGCAACGAGAUCAACAAAUUGUGGAACAGCUUGAGCGAGGGCCAGAAGACCGUCACAGGGAUCAUUGCGCUCAACGUCAUGGUGUUCUGCUGCUGGAAGGUACCGUCUCUGCAGCGCACCAUGAUCAAAUACUUCAUGGCAGACCCCGCCUCCAAGACUCUGUGCGCUCCCAUGGUCCUCUCCACCUUCAGCCACUUCUCGUUCCUCCACAUGGCCACCAACAUGUACGUCCUCUGGAGCUUCUCCAGCAGCGCCGUCUCCAUGCUGGGCAGGGAGCAGUUCAUGGCCGUGUACCUGUCUGCAGGUGUCAUCUCUUCCUUCGUCAGUUAUGCUGCUAAGAUCGCCAUGGGGAGGUGUGGUCCGUCUCUGGGAGCCUCCGGAGCCAUCAUGACCAUCCUCGCUGCGGUCUGCACCCAAAUGCCCGAAUCAAAACUCGGCAUCGUCUUCCUCCCCAUGUUAACCUUCACCGCCGGCAACGCUCUGAAGGCCAUCCUUGUCCUGGAUUUAGCAGGUGUGUUGUUACGAUGGACGUUAUUCGACCACGCCGCUCAUUUAGGAGGAGCCAUUUUUGGAAUGUGGUACGUCCUGUCAGGUCACGAGAUGAUCUGGAAGAACCGAGAGCCUUUUGUGAAGCUUUGGCACAACCUGAGGACUCGAGGAGGGCCGGGCGGGGGAGCUGAUGGAGGAGGAGCCGUGUAGGACCCUAAACCACCGGGGCCGAUGGGGGGGGGGGGCCUGUAAGGAGUGUAUAAAAUGUAGAGACGUGCAGAGAACUGAAAGAAGCUGCACCGCUCGUCUUCCCCAGGACCAGAGGAGGUGGAUCAGAUAUUAUAACACUUUAAUAUUUAUAGAAAAAUGAGCAGGACGGAGUCGGAGGUUUAUUAUUUUUGUCUCUUCUUAUUAAUGUUUUUUGUUCACAUGGAGAUGAAUUCUUCUUCUUUGUCACAGGAAGUUCAAACUUUACUGUCUUGAUUGUUUUUCAGUUGACUGUCCAGCCAAUAAAAACUCCAAAAGAGUUUCCAAAGACGA